CGUAUUUUUUUCAAUUGGAAAUCGUCCGUGGCGUCGCGUAGGUUGUGUGUCCGCGAGAAAGCUCCCCAGAAAAUCGGUCCGCGCCUGUUAGGAAGCAGGAAAACGAAUUUCAUCCCUAGAAAGCAUACAGAACAACCGCGAGGAAAAGUCUCCGUGCGCUUUAUUUACCAUAUCGCGCCCAUCAUUUGAAGGCUGUCGUCGGCGUCCCGUGAAUGAAAUAUUUGGCAGCGAAACGUUUCGUUUUCCUCACGCUCAACGCUGUGUGGUGUGUUUUGGGUGGUGUGUAUGUGCGUGCCCGUGUUUGGCUGCAACAGUAGCGUGCGUGUGCAAUAAUUGCAGUGUGUUAUGAGCAUUAAUAGCAAGGCAAGAAGCAAUAGGAGCGUUGCAUUUUAAACCAAAUAGCAGAAAUAUCCUCUCGAGCAGCCAGCAUCUCCGUUGUGUACGAAGCAAAAGGGCGUAUAAAUCUCUGUGUUUUGUAGUCAGCGUGUCAGCGAGAGCGAGAUAGCGAAACCCGCAAGAAAACCCCACUUGAAUCCCGAAGGGAAAAACACAUUUUUAACCGUCCAAGUAGCCUGCUCUGUACCAAUUCCGUCAAGUGUGAUUAACAGCAGGGUUUUUAAAAAGUGUGCGCUUGUGUGUGUGUGUGUACCGUACCGUGUGUAUAACAGAGUGUCCCUGGGUGUGAAGCAGCGAUAAAUCGGAUUCGAAAAAACCGGGAGAAAGUGUGAUAAUUUCUGCACUUUCUUAACUUAUAAACCACCAUUUCCAUCAUACAAACGCUGCCAAACCGACAGGACGACAACAUGAACGGCUACACGGAUCUGCCCACAACCAUGGAAAACAGCCGAAACUGCCUGCGACGGAUCGCGCGACACGAUGACCAGGAGUUCUCUAACCAAAGCAUACUGAACGCCAUGGAAAAGUUCGUCAAGAACGUAAAUGCCAUGGACGAGACGAUACUGGUACCGUGCAGAUUAAUGGAUCGCAAGGUCGGUGACGCUACAGACACUGUGCCAGUUGCACCAAAAGCACAACAUCACGGCGCACACCAUGGCAAGAAAUCGAACCGCGCUUCGAUACGCGAAGUGCUGAACACUUCAGAGCUGUUCCAGCUGUACAACAUGCUGAAGUUGGUGAAGGUCGAUCUGCUUUGGGGGCGCCAGGAUGCGGAAGACAGUGUCGAGGAGUCGGUGGUAAAGGGUUGUGCGACGAAGAAAGUGACAUCCUCGUCCAAGAGUAACAGCAAUAACACUGACACCACCGGCACGAACAAUUCCACCGCAAACAGCAGCACUAGCAGUAAUACAGCCACGACGGACGUGACCACGACAAACAGCAACAACGCUAGCGGAAGCGAAAAGGCCGAUCCUGCCAUGAUGACAUCGACCAUUAAGGGCCACAAUCGACGACCGAGCACGGUAUCGGUAGCUUCCUCCAACUCGGCCAGCACGCUGAGCGAUUCCGAGAGUGAAACGUCGGCGGAAAACGAUUCCGGCAUCGAGUCGGAGGGUAACCAGGAGCAGGAUCGCAGCACCGAGCUUGCCAAGCAGUUUCGCACGCAUCUGAUCGGACUGUACCGGUCGCUGGAGCAGAUGAGUGAAGCUGCCAACUAUCUGACUGCUCGGUAUCAGAGUGAUGUUGGGCCGGUUUAGAUUGUCCGUCGUCGCCACCAGAUCACCUUCCUCGACGCUUACCUUCUCCGGGUGUGUGGGCAGAUUGGCAGAAUGGCCCAUUGAGCUGUUGUGUUGGUAAUCACCGUUGCUAGUGCACCGCUAUCUGAGAUUUGCUGUUGGUUUCUCGCGGACAAGGACCAGGAAGUUUGAAGGCAUUUCCGGUUGGUUCAUUUUCGGAACUCACAGUUAAAAUAACGCGAUGGAGAUAAAAUCUGAUCCUAAAGUAGAGAAUCGUUCAUAUUAGUUACAUUGAUCGCACAGAUCAUAGCUAGGACCUCCGGGGUGAGUAAUGGAUCUGUCGUAACUGAGAUCUUCGAUGCGAACCAGAAAAGCAAAAUUACAGGACCAGGACCUGGCUGUACGUGAACCAAACCGGAUAUGACGAUCGUUCGUGCCUGGCAGGAAGCAGAGACAGAAGAGAGGCAAGAGGUACGCGACUUGUCACAAACCUUUGGUGAUAGACUUCAUGAUUGUAAAUUCGUUUAUUUGUGUGUGUGUGUGUGUGCAUGUGUGUGAGAGCGAGCGAUGUAAGCGCGCGUGGAACUGAUUUAAGGAGGAGCGUUGGUGCGUGUGUGUGUGUGUGUAGGUUAGGGCGGAUUGCUGAGGGCGAAGAAAGCAGCUUGGCGAUAAUGGAUAGUGUUCUAGUAAACAAAAAACAUGAAAUGCACACAAGUUUAGCGAUUUACGAGUAACACACACUCACACACACACAGAAGAAGACCGUCACACUGCGAUUUGCUUCGAGAAACCCAUUUCGCCUCCGGUAGAGCAGAUAUGACAUAUGAAGGAUAUGUUUUGUUUCUCGCCCCAUAAAACCACCACUCAUGCGUGCGCUCGAGCGGUACGAUCCUAAAUUGCAAUCUUCCUCCCGCCCGAAAAGGUUGCGUACUUGAGACUUUCUUUUUCAAGCUUUAUGUAUAUUAAAUUAUUUAUAGUUUCUCUGUACAUUCUGUAUCCCGCGCCUGUAGUAGCAACAGAGAGGCAACAGAAUGCGUGCCUGCGGGACUAGUCCUGCGAGCGCGCUCCUCUGGCAGUAGUCACUUGAUUCUUUGUUUUGGUUGGGUGAAUGUGUUCGAAUAUUUAAGUGAGCGAUGCUGGAUGGUUAAGGUCGUGUGAGGAGGGAACACAACGAGCUAUAACAUAUCCUAUGCGCCGGCCGAAUGUGACAUAGGACUCACAUUACGAUAGCCGCGUACCUUACGACGAGCCGCGUAGGUCUAGAGGUGCAGCAAAGGACAACAAUUCUGGGGAUGGCGGAGAUAACUGAAGCCACAACAAUUUGAAUAUGACUGCAGCUAAUGACAACCUAACCCCAAAAAUUUGUGCAGCCUGCAAAAAGGUUGAGAGAGAGAGAUGAUAAGUUAUUUAUUCCGGCUCAUUAGUUUUUGCCCUCGUAGCCCAGUAAUACAAUACUCUUUUCCAACCACCAAUCGGAAUGCAAAGCAAGGGACAACAGAAAUGGGGCAAUAAAAUAUGCAUGAUAUUUGUUUCGUUGUUGUUAUACAUGUACACACGCGUUUUCUACUAAAAUGACCCUUGUGGCAAAAAACCUCGGCGAAUUGACGUACGAACAAGGACACAAGUUGCGCGUAGCAAAAGCAAAACAAAAAAAAACCCAACAAGUCUUUCAUAUCGAUCGUCGGUGCAGCAUUUGAAACACGAAAGCAUUUAGUAAGUGAAGCAGAACCACCAACCAACAAAGAUGGAGGAACUUUGAAAAGAAAAGGUACGCUCUAGUACGAUCACCUCAGGAUCGAUCACCUUUUGGCAUCGAAUUAAAUGCUUGUGCGUGCGUUAUGCGCCAUGGAUGGUCGCGAGUCGGUUAGUUUAGGUUUGAUUUAAAAUCCCAACUAGUUCGCUCAUUUCCGCUUUCCUCAUUCGUUCAUCCGUUUUUGUGUGUGUGUGCGCCUUUUUCCUCGCGGCUAGUGUGUGUGUGUGUAGGUAGAUCGUUGCUGCAAGUGCACACCCGUACAAGAGACAUAACAUAAUGGUGAUUUAAGCUUUAGAGUAAAUAAGCCUUGCAUUACAUACGUUUUGUUUGAAUUUGGUCAAUGGGUCAAAUUGGGGAAUAAAUAGUGUUUAAGUGAAGCGUAGGCACACACACACACACACACGGUGAUAAGCUAAUAAUCACGGUAGAUAGUGUUUCCGGCGGGGAGUUUUUCGGUUGAUACAAAAUGGGUGUAUGAUAAUGGUGGAUUUUGGCUAAGUGGAAAAGGUGCGUGAUAUAUGAUGAUGCUGGGAGUUACAGAAAGAAGCGUUUUGAUAACCAUACUUGAAUGAUUGCGUGUCUUUUUUUUUCGUGUGCCUCGAUAGAAGACAAAGUUCGAAUCUGGCAAUCAAAUGUUUGGCUCAAGGUAGUUCAUGAUACUACAGGUUUGCUGCAAUCGUUUGCUUCCGGUGAUCUACAUUUCAUUUCUAGCUAGCUAGUGUGGUAUGGUUAAUACUGAAAAAAGGCACACUUAAACCUUUUCUGCAGCGUUUUGAAACCUACCGUGGGGGGGAUGUGAGUGGUUUGAGCGCCAGCGAAAAGAUAAUAAAAUCAUUCCGUACUAUAUUAAUCAAGCAGAAGAUGUAUGAGCUGAAACAAUAAUUUUAGUGCACAACAUAAAAAAGUUAAAGCGAGUAAAAAAAAAACCGGAAAAAACGUAAGCAACUCAAAAAGUGUAACAACAAAACAUAAAACUUUGCUGCAAUAUGUAAAAAUUAGGGAAUGAAAUUGAAGAGUAAAGACGGAAACAGAAAGCCUGAUACACAAUGGUUGGUGAUAGUAGGAAAGAAGAGAAAAACACGUAAGAAGCAAAAUGAAGGGGUGAAAGUGACAAAAAAUGGUGACAGAAAAAUGUCAUUGGCAGUAGCUAGGGGUGCGUCUGUGUGCUAAAAUUCGAAGUGCCACCAUAGGCAUCCGCUGCAGAUUAUUUCACGUCCGUUGCAAAUCAAAGAAUCAGAAGGCUCUGAGCCUUGUUUCCACAAAAACUAGAAAACUAUCCUGGAGCAACGUUAAAAUCAAGCGAUUAGUAAGCGAACCGUAAACUGUAGUUUGAAGCAAGUGCUAAAGCAAUCGAACCUAAAUAUAUUCCAAGCAAAGCGGAUGACGGCGAAACCGGCGGCAGAGACACGCGUGAUAAUGAUGAUCAUGAUGUAAAGUGCGCCCUGGGCAGUUGUAAGUCAAAAUGUGUAAAGUUUGUUAGUCUAGCUAUUAGUGAGCCCGUUGUCAACUAGUGAAAAGAAUCUGAAAAGCGAAAUGGAAAAAUAAAACGUGACAUAGCGAAAAAAUAUA